CGGAGUGCCGGGAUCUCUCUCGCAAGCUUCGACAUUUUGAGGUGAGACCCCAGACGAACGCAGUAACGCUCGAUGGCAUCACUGGGGACGCCGGCGAUGCUACCACAGUGCACGUCGUGUAUACGACGCGUGGCGCGGUUGGGGUUUGAAGCGUGGAAGCCGCUGCAGCAGGUGCGGAAUAAGUCGAAGGCUGCGAGGGAGGCAGAGCGCAACAUUGUCGUGAAGCUGCUGCAGGAUGUCCCUAGGUUUGGGCGUACAGGCUCCUAUAUUCCCAUCAACCCAGCGUUGAUGAGGAAUCGCUGGUUCCCCUCGCGCAUCGCGGACUACGUCCCCGCAGUCCAGCUCAAGCAAUUGAAGGCCCAAGGCGUCGACAUGAGCCGCGACUUCACAUAUGGCGUCAGGGUAGCUUUGGAAGAGGUCGAGGAGGACGAGCAGGACUUCAUACAGCAGUCGAAGCACUACGUGCGGCCAAUUGAGAUUGACUUUCUUAGUCCCGCGCGCUCAAUGGAGCUCCUAAACACCUUCGUCCCACCCACGAUCGAUUUCGCCCGCCAAACUAUAGAGCAGGACAAAGCAGAGACGGGACGGCGAUACGGCGCAUCCGAUGCAGCUGAUAUAUUGACGGCGGCUGCUAUGGCACACAAGCCCAAGCCGGCUGCCAAUGGAAUCUACGGCUCCGUGUCAACAGCGGAUAUCGUUGCGACGAUCAAAGCUGCUCUGGCACACAACGACGAGGCGGCGCGCGUUAUCCUGUCAGAAGGCGAUGUGAAGUUCGUCACAGGGCAUGAGGAGGACGACACGUCGCGCGUGAAGCAGCUAGGGAUGUUCAAGGUCGAGAUCAAGGUCCAGGGUGCUGAGGAGCCUCUCACAAGGAACGUCCGUGUUCGAGCGAAGGAGUAGGCGACAGGCAGGAGAAGAGAGGAUAUAGGAAGGUCCCGCCUCAGGGCCUUCUGCGGGCAGUACGGGAUGCGGCCUCAACCUCGGACGUUUCUCCGUUCACUGUAAAGAUACCUGUACACAUAACUAAAUGCCGAGUUGGUUCGCUUCGGGAAAAUGGGAGACGAGGCGUGAGGCGGCUCUACGGAAUACGACAGCCUCGACCUAGGGAGCAU